UAAAUAAACUAAAACAAAAAAAGAGUUCCGGAUAAUGAUUAUUUAUACAGAGAGUCCUAAAUCAAAGCAAAAGCAAAGUCAUCAUUUACUCAACCUUCAUUCUUUAUCUUUUUUUCUCUCUAUUGACCAUCAUUUUUUUUUUCACAAAAAGGAAAAUGGCCAAGAGCUCAUUCAAGCAAGAACACGAUCUUGAGAAGAGGCGUGCUGAGGCUGCUAGGAUUAGGGAAAAAUAUCCAGAUAGGAUUCCGGUGAUAGUUGAAAAGGCUGAAAAAAGUGAUAUUCCCAACAUUGAUAAGAAAAAGUAUCUUGUGCCAGCUGACUUGACAGUUGGGCAAUUUGUCUAUGUCAUUCGCAAAAGAAUCAAAUUGAGUGCAGAAAAGGCAAUAUUCAUAUUUAUUGACAAUGUCCUACCGCCAACAGGGGCAAUCAUGUCUGCAAUCUACGAUGAGAAGAAGGAUGAUGACGGUUUCCUCUAUGUUACCUACAGUGGAGAAAACACAUUCGGGGGCCUGAAUGAGCUGUAGCUUUGACAUUUGUUCAUUUGCUUACAUUUCCCAUCUAUUGUCCGUGACUCUUCUCUGUCAUGCUAAUAUCUUCCGCUGCUUCCAAAAUCUCCAAGGUUAUACUGCUAAAAGUUAUGUAUAGCAUAUAUUUAUGUAUAGUUCAAGAACAGAAGUGUUGCAAUCUUCUAGCUUACGAUGUUAAUAAUCAUUCGGAUUCAACCUCCUUAAAGAUUGUGUUUGUCUCUGAAUCAGUUGCCUUUUUAUAAAGGGCAACACUGAGAUGCCUAAUUUCAUUCUUGAUUGCAUUCCCA